UUGACGAAAUUUCCCCGACACAAAGGACAACUCAAAAAAACUCGAUCACAAAAAGCACUCGCUGAAGAAGCAACCCUUCGGAAACACACCCCAAACCUCCAUCCGCGCUGCCCAUCCUCAUCUCAUCGGUUCACCACCAACUCUGACUUCUUAUCAUCCUUCAAACAGCGACAAUCUCCCAGACCUUGUAAACCUCUCUCUCUUGACACCUGCUCGCGCUCCGUGCACCCACACGACAUCCGCAUGCCAGCCACAAAUUGGUGCGCUCGGUACAGCUCUAUCUCGCAUCCCAUAUCAUCGGCUCAUCUUGAAGCUCUGCUUCAUACCCUAUCUUAUUACGUCUGGAGCUACAUAACACGUCAGCCAAACCGCGAUCACAUGCAUCGCGACGCUACUACCUCCCACUCACUUUCAUGCACUCAUAUUAUUAAACCUCUGAAGUCCGCUCCUAAAUCCACCUUAUCUCACCGCACUGGAGCCUAA